AUGCGGCUCACAGCACUGCUUGCACUGCCAGCGGCAUUACGGCUAGCAUGUGCAAUAGUACUGGACCUCAACGAUCAGGAAUCGAUCAAAAGCGCUGCCAGGACUACUGCAGAUACGAUGAUGACCUGGUAUUUUGGCAAUACUACCAGACCUUAUGCGAUUCCGGGAUUGUUACCUGGACCUUACUACUGGUGGGAAGCAGGAGCAAUGUUUGGCUCCUUGAUCGACUACUGGUACUACACGGAUGAUCCAUCAUACAAUGAAGUCACCACGCAGGGGCUGCUGCAUCAGGUCGGUCCAGACGAGAACUACAUGCCACCGAAUCAAUCAAGAACGCUCGGGAAUGAUGACCAGGCUUUCUGGGGGAUUGCAGCCAUGUCCGCUGCAGAAGUCGGUUUUCCAAACCCGCCUCCAGACCAACCACAAUGGCUAGCUUUGGCUCAAGCUGUCUUCAAUACGCAGGUCGUACGGUGGGAUAUGCGGUCGUGUAACGGCGGAUUGAAGUGGCAGAUCUUCACAUUCAACAACGGCUACAACUACAAGAACUCCAUAUCGAACGGAUGCUUCUUUAAUCUGGCAGCCCGCUUGAGUAUGUAUACGUACAACGCUACAUAUGCACAAUGGGCAGAUACCGUAUGGGACUGGUCUGUGGAGGUCGGUUUGAUCAGCGAGCACUACAUGAUCUACGAUGGCACAGAUGACCGCCUCAAUUGCGCCGAGCACGAUCAUACACAAUGGUCCUACAACGCCGGCGUAUAUCUCUACGGCGCCGCCGCCAUGUACAACAUCACAUCAGGCGCCGAACAAGAAAAAUGGCGCGGCCGCCUCGAAUCCCUCCUCGAAGCCACAAUCCGCAUCUUCUUCCAAGACCAAAUCAUGUACGAAGUCGCCUGUGAACCCCUCUCGAGCUGCAACAUCGACCAGCAAACCUUCAAAGCCUACCUCUCCCGCUGGAUGGCCGGCACCGUCAAAAUCGUUCCCUGGACCCACGACAUUAUCAUGCCCCUCCUCUCCGCCUCCGCCAUGGCAGCAGCUCGCUCCUGCACCGGUGGCGACGACGGCGUGACGUGUGGGACGAAGUGGACUGUGAGUGAGUGGGAUGGAGGCUUUGGGGUAGGGCAGCAGAUGAAUGCGUUGGAGGUUAUUCAAAGCAAUUUGAUUGAUCUGGUGCCCGGGCCAGUGAGUCAGGAUUCUGGGGGCACGAGUGUAGGGAACCCCAAUGCCGGGGUGGAGAGUACGGGGAAGUAUGUUCAGCAUGAUGAUAUUACAACGGCGGAUAGGGCUGGGGCGUGGAUUUUGACAGCGAUGGUUGCGGUGGGGAUUUGUGCAGGUGGGUGGUUUGUGGCUUCGUGA